AUGAGCCUUCCGAAAUAUGAUGAGAAUAUUCACCCAGAUGAAUGGAUAAAUGAUGUUCAAAAUUAUUUAUAUCGUAAAGGAAAACUUUAUUUGUCAUAUGUUAUACCAUUAGUAGACCUUAUUAUCAAACUUCCAACUGGGAUUGAUAGUUUUGAAAAACUUCGUAGUGCACUUAAGGAACACCUUUCCUUUACAGUAUUCAAAAAUACAAAUAAAAGAAAAUUGCAGUUAUUAAAAUAUAUUACUGAAAGAGAAGGUGGCGAAACUUCAACAUUUAUUUCGAAAUUUUGCAAAUUAUGUUAUAAUGCUGAAAUUAACAAAAAACAAAAUCAAUUCAAUAAAGGAAUUAAUUGUAGCAUUGUUACCUUAAAACACGUUGCUACAGGAAAAUAUCUAAGUUCAAUUAAAUCUUUACGUUAUUCGGUUUUUGUGAACAAUUUUCUUAAUUCGGAUGCUUUAUGGAAUAUCACAUUUACCAGCGAUAAAGAAAUAGCUUCAUACACCGAUACUAGUAUACAUUUACAACACAGAAAUUCUAAUGAAUUCCUUGGAAUUUAUGGUGAUAUUAGAUCUCCAGUAACUAAGUACACAGGAAUAACUGUAAACACACAAAGCAAAUGGAAUUUUAGCAAUAAUAAAUUAAAAAAUUAUCAAGGAUAUUUGAAAUUGGGUGAUAUUAUUAAUAUCAAAAAUGUUAAGCAAGAAUUUUUACGUAGUCAAGAUUUUCAUUUUACUAUUAGAAACGAUACUUUUCAAGAAAUUGUUUGUCAUAGCGAAAGACUUUUUCAUUUAUUUUUAUCUUUUAUUGAAAAAUUUUAA